AUGGAGGGGCAGGAGGUGAGGCGGCGGGAAAGCCGGGUCUUUCCGGGCUCCGGGAGUGAGCGCCACCCUCCCCGGCCUGCCACCCCGCGGGGCGCCCCCGAAAGCCGCCCGAGCCAGCCCUGGGGACGGUCCCUUCCCGCCGGGACGCGCGACGAGCCACCCCCGCAGACGACGCGGCCCAAUCGACGCCCGGCAAAGUUUAAGAGGCUCCCGAGGAAAGUGCAAGGUGCUGCGCAGCCCGACACCGAGGCCGCGACGCCGGCCCAGGAAGCGCCACGGGCGCCCGGCAGGAGGCUCCACGAACCGGCAGUGCCGGGGGCGCCGGGAUCAGCCCACCUCGCUCUCGGGGGGGCGGGGAGCGCGCGGCCGGGGACCCGCAGCCCUCGCAGCGCCCCUUCUCCCGCCGCGCCGAGGGCCACUCCCCCCAUAGAGCCCGCCCAGCCGCCUGCCCCGGCCUCCCCGCGACCCCGCCGGCCCCCGCCUCGCCCUCAGCCCUCCCGGCGGCGCGGUGUCCGCGGCUUCCCCUCGGAGGCUCCUCGCGGGAGGAUGGUCCCUCGCGGGGUGUCGGCCCCGGGCGAGGCGAGGGAGACGUGCUCACACUCUCGCGGCCACACUCGAGCCUCGGGGAGGCGGUUCACUCACCCUCCGCAUGGUGCCGGGGAUCGUCCGGGCCGGGAUCGGCGACGCGGGAGCGAAGCGGCCAGAACGCGAGAGGCUCGGCCGCUGUGA